UUAUUGAAUGUGGCGUACAGAAGAGAGGCAGGAGCAAAUGAAAUGUGCCAUAGAAAUUGAUGGGAGGAAUAAUUGUUCUCAUGUGUAUAGGUAAAUACCAUGGGAGUUCUUAAGAGUAGCAAAAGUCAAAGUUAAAAUUGUAUAUAGAAAAUUUUUAGAAAAUGCUUUGUGUUUGAUGCUAAUAACCACAGGAAACUUGAAUAUGGAUUGGCACCAGGAACCAGUUACUAUGAGGAAUUGAGUGGUACUCUGCCCUCUGUUUUGAGAAUACUACCCAAUGGAACUACAGAUUUACUUCGUACUUCAAGACUUCAGGUAACUGUCAUAUCACUCUCUUUGUCACUAGCAUGUUCUUUAUACGUCGAUUUGAAACCUUUCAUAUUGCGUUUAAAAUUAAUAUAAGUAUUAUUUAAGAUGAAAGUUCCGAAAUAAUUUUGGCAUGCUGGUACACAAGGAAUUUUUUCAGAAAUAUAUAUUUUCUUUUAAGGCACAAUACUAAGAUCAAUGGUAUAUGGAUUUCUCACGAAUAAAACUAAAGAAACUCAAUAUGUAGAUAAAUUGAUAAAUCAAGGUGUAUUCUCAAUGCCUUCAGUAGCGGACAGAGAGCAUCAAAAGGAAAGAGAUUUCACGAAUUUGUGUUUAACAUAAUAUCCCCUAAUCUCAAUGUACUUGGUCCGCCAAUGCUUAAGCAUUGCUAUCUGGUCCUAUAAAAAAGAAAUCUGGCACCUAGACCUCCAAAUAUUACAACAUCGAUAAUUCUUUAAUGUGUUAACACAGGUGGGAUUGGAAGCAUAAGGAAAACCGCAAAAAGUUUUCGCAAGUGUUGCAUUUUGAUAUGAUAAUCCCCUAUCAGUGGUUUGACCUCUUUCCAAGAAAUAUACGUAUCAUGAUAAUUCCCACAGAUCUCAUUGCCAUUUGAAGUCACAUGACUAAAAUAUUGUAAGAAUCAUAUUGUUUCCAUGGCUUGCUUUGAAUAUUUUAUUCAAGACCAAGAUAGUGAACUUGCAAGUAGUGACUUUUGAAAGCACUUACGUGCAAAAUAACUAAGUUCUUGUGCAUGGAUGCAUUGUGCAUUCAGAUGAAAAAGUUUUAAUGACUAUUCUUACUGGGAGAGGGACUGAAUAUUUUGCAAGUUAUAAGCUAUCAAUUAAAUCAAAAACUAUAAGUACAUGCAUGCAAGUAAGCAGUGACUAUUAUUAAUUAAAAAGAAAAUAUCAUAAUUCACUCAGUUUAUUGCAUACUUCUUUCUCUAUGAUUUAUUUGUUUUUGUUUUUUGUUUGUAUGAUGUUUUUACGUUGCAUGGAACCAGUGGUUAUUCAGCAACGGGACCAGCAGCUUUAAGUGACUUCCGAACCACGUCGAGAGUGAACUUCUAUCACCAGAAAUACACAUCUCUCAGUGGAAUGUCCGCGAAUCGAACUCGCGGCACCGAGGUGGCACGCCUACACCAUACCGACCACGCCACUGUCUUUCUCUAUGAAUCUAAUUUCGUAUGUUUUUCAACAGAUAACCGGUGGAAGACUAAGCUAUCUGGACUGCAGCAUAAGACUGUAUGAUGAAGCUGAAGUCAAGAAAUGUUCGGCAUUGCGCCAGAAGGGCCAAGAUGGUCCUUUGUGGAUUGCGUUUUAUGGCGAUUCCAAAAUUCGAGACAAAUUCGUAAAUUUCCUGGAAAUGACGCGAAAUUUCAACUGGCAUAUCUACAAUAACACCAUAAAGGAAAAGACAUCAACCACGUGGAAGGCUUACUCGACGGCUCACAAAAAAAUUCAUUAUUCUGUAAGUGUUGCCGGAGACCACGAUGCCAAAUUAGAUUUUAUUUGGGCUGGAAAAGGACUUGAUAUCUACAAUAAGUCAGAAGUGACCGGAAGUGAACUGAAGUUCUGGGCACAUAAUGCUUCGAGAGUACCGAAUUUAGUAAUCGUAGGUUUUGGCUCAUGGACCGUUGUCUCAGGAUCAGUAACAGACAGAGAAAGUCUGAACCAGUUCUCUGAAUGCGCAGACGUAUGGCAGAGCAUGGCGAAGGUCCUCAGCGUUCUAGCAGCGCGCACCAACGUCCUUGCAUGGGCACAGUCAAGAACUAGAGAAUUUACGGCUUUGUCUCGUAUUAAUGCUGUCAAGGUAAAUAAAGAAGACUUCUCGAAGCAGCAAAGAGGAACUGUUCUCGUUCAACAACUAGAUCAUAUUCUCCAUUACUCCAGACUCUUCUCUUCCACGGCCGAAUGGAUCGACGAAGUCAUGCACAUGGCUCUCCAGGACACAGGUGUUACCAUCUGGGACUCGACGUUGCCAAUGAACCUCCUCAACAUUCAAGAAUGCCAAGUCCUUCAUGACUCCGGGAUGACCUGGCAUCCCACUUACACCGAUCACUCUUGCCACGAUGAUAUCCACAGUGACGCUUACACGGUCAGGGAUGAGAACAUGAUGAUCAUUAACCUUCUAUGCAAUCCAUUUAUAGAGGGCAAUGGGACAUAUUGUUGUACCAAGUAGCAUUGUGAAAAGUAUUAUGAAAUAAUUAUCCUAGAAAAUACUGUUUAAGUCUUUAUUGUUAACUACAGAAGUACGGGUUGCCCAUCAAGGCUUAACUAUGAUUUGCAGUCCUGAAUUCUUGGAUGAAGAGCUGAAAUACCUGAGAGAGAGUUUUAGGAGAUUAGGAUACCCUAAGUAUUGGUGGGAACAGGCACACAUUAAGGCAAGAAAAAACCAUUUCGGGGAGAGGGAAAAGAUGGAACAGGACCAUUCGAAAGGGAAGAAAACAAUUACAGUCUCGGAAAACACAUCAUUCAUCCAUCAACAGAAAGCUAGAUAAUUUCAAAUUGAUCGGCAGUUACAAACACACCAUUAGGAAUAAAAUAUAGUUAGAAAUAAAAAGUUGGUACAGGGGGGAGAGGAAAGAGGGGCGUGUAUAGACUGUGAAGAGUGUUACUUUGGCGAAAGCGGCAAAUCAUGCAAGGAAUGAAGCAAACAAUACAUGCAAAACAUAAGGCACUACAAUCAGACGUCGGCAGUCGCCAAGCACUGUUGGGAAAUAGACCAUAAAACAGAUUGGGAAAAUAUGAUUUUUUUUUGUACAGGAACACAAACAAAACAGCCAGACUGAUUGCAAGGAAUGCCUUCAUAACACGCACAAACAAUGUAAGGGCAAGCAACACAGGAAACGGAUUUGAAGACAGCCAAUCAAGAAAAAUCAUACACUUUACAAUAGAAAAGAAACAAAACACAAGAAACCCCACACAACAUCUGGAAGGAUCGGCGGUCAGAGAAAGGUCAAGGUCACGAAGGUGGGGUCAUCCAGGAGAUGAAGGGUAAUAACAGGAGUAAGGAGUUCAAUCCUCUUCCCCACACACAUGUAAAUACAGCUGGACUACAUCUCCAGUCAUUCCAUGGACGCUUGACAAUGAGGACUAUUAAACCAGGAAAGCUUGUAACUUUUUUGAAUAAA